GUAUUAAAAGUAACCAUAUACGGUAGGAAAACCUGCACUUUUAUUAGAGUGUCUAAUGCAAAAUAUAGGAAAAUUCCGUUUUGGCGGGCAUUUUGGAUUUUUCAAAUGACUUUGUUCUUUGAAAUAUACAAUUAAGGAGAUGUCACGGCUGAGAUAGUUUAGCAUUAUUACAAUACACAGUCGGUAUUGAAAUUGUGUUUCCAAUACAUGUGCUCAUUAGAUAAAUCCUCAAUAUCUAUGUGAAAAUAAGGGAUGUGUUUUGUAUGAUUGCAACACUGUGAGUUGCUCUAAUUACUGACAAAUGACUGAAACAAUAGGAAUUCGUACGAGAGAUGGAUAGACAAAACGACAGUGAGUAUGGACUCUACAAGUAAACUUCUCACACACCUUGAAGAACACGCUAAACCAAACAAAAAUGACCUUCGUCACAGAACAUACGUGGAUUAUGUUAACUGCUUUCUUAGUCACUUUGGCAAAGAGAGAGCUUACCUGGUUGGCAGUACAUGCGAGAAGAUGAAAUUAAGAUGGUCUUACCAAGGAGGUGAUGCUGACUUCUUGUUUUGUUCAGGAAUAUUGGAAAUCCCCGUUGUCUGUAUUGAACCGCGACCACAUCUACCAAGCUAUGUAUGGGUCAGGGCUGAUAAAUUUGAUCCAGCUGUUUGUGGAAAUCUAGUUCUUGGAAAGUAUCUUCCAGCAAGUAUUGUAAAGGAAGUGCGACCGGAGCUUUUCACUAUUCUGCGAGCAAUUUACAACAAUGUAACAAUGACAUCUGACGGCAUACCAGGUCGCCGCAGCAGAGUCACAAUCGUGGGAACUAAGUCGAAAGUAGGUCUUCAAAUUUCACAGUACCGUAAUUUAGCAGCAGAAGGUUUACCUGAAUCUAAAGGCUUUCGACGAAUUGUAAGUAAUCGUAGUGCACAAGUGACCGCACAGCUUCGAAGGAGAUGGUCAGGAGUAGAAAUCCAUCCGUCUGAUACAAAAAUGCUUCAAAGAAUAUUUAAACUUUUUGCUAUGUUUAAGGUCCCCGGCAGUAAAGGCGAAAAUUUUGGGAAGCUCAAUAAGUUUGCACAACUUCUCUCUGAAGUACUGAAGCGCCCUUCUCUUGACCAAUGUGAUGAGCAAGGGCUGGCUGAAGAUGCAGUCGAAUUUAACAACGAUUUAGAUGAGGACGAGGAAAAAGAUACAGACAAGUUAAAGGCAAGUUUUACUGAGAAAACGACGAAAGACUUUGUCCCUGCACUUAGAAUAAUUGGUGAAAGAAAACUUGAAUGCAUGAAUACAUGGAAAAAGAGAGUUGAACUUUCCGGUUGGCCUGGAAAGGAGUUAGCAGAUGACAUUUACAAUACAGACAUAUUUCUUGUUGCGCGUGAUGCGCCGACAGACCCGGACGUGCUGAACAGAGAUUUUUGCUUGUCGUUCAACCUGGCUGAAAUGAAAAUCUCGCAACAUUUGUCUGAAGUUCAACGCAGAGUAUUUCUAAUUUUGAAGUCGUAUCUGAAAGGCUUUUUGGAAAUGGUUCACAAAGAAAUGGAUACCAAAAUGAAGCUAAAAACAUAUCACUUAAAGACGGCUUUCUUUUGGGUCUGUGAGCAGGAAAACGCUACCGCAUGGACGGAGGGUAAUGAAUUUACUGCUGUUGACAAGUGUUUGACUUUCCUUCUUGAAUGUAUGGCGGAAAGGAAACUUCGUCAUUAUUUCGUAGACAGCAACUUAUUGGUAAAUUUUACGGAACUGGAUUUCGAUAUCUUGAAAAACGGCCUUCACGAAAUUUCGCUGAACAAAGCAAAAUAUGUCCAUGUCUUCUUCGAAGAGGACAAGAAAAAUGCCGGUGUAGAAUGGAUAACUGAAGAUGAAUUCAGGAGCAUUGAACAGAUGAAAGAGGAUGGGGGUAGGAUGCAGUACAUGGACAAAUUAGAGGAUCAACUCAUUGACCUUCAGAGAGGUUUCAAUGCCAGUCAGAGAGAUAGGUAUGGGCAAGCGCCGAUAAAAGAGGCUGUUUUAAACGUAAUCGACCAUUUUUUUGAAGUCGAAAGAGAAAAGAAGCGAAAACGUCAAGAAGAGGAGAAACAGAAAGAAACCACAGAAAAAUUAGAUAAAAGAUUUUCGUCUGGACCUACAAAUAAGAAUUCUAAGAAAGCAGCAAAAUUUGUAAGUACCCUUUUAACAGGAAGCGGAAGUGGUGCAGUUUGUAGCCAGCAGCUUACCCAAACAGCAGAUCUCCUCAUUGGUCUAGCGACCAUGUUUCCUGGAGGAUCUGAAAUUGUUGAUGGCUUAGGUGGACAAGAGGGAGUCAAGGCAGUUCUUAAACGGACAGUCGAACCAAUGCUUGAUUAUGUUGCCGAGUUGAGGUCAAAAAUUGAUCGUUAUUUGUCAUGCACGGAUGCCGAUAUUGAAGUUUUGGCUGAAGAAUUAAAACAUGAACUCACUGCAUUUACCAUCCGAGCUAAAGGAAAAUGCUUCUUCGAUGACUGAAAUUUAGGAUUACAUUGUAUCGUACUUAAAUAAUGAAAAUGUUUGCGGUACGACCUUAAGCGGAAUUAAAAUCUGAAUAAGAUUUGUUUUAUUUUAAUCAUCAUGUUCUCGAAAACGAACGACAAACUUUUCUACAAAAAUGCACAAAUGAAGAAGUACAUCCGUAAACACGCAUGCAAACACAUACAGGUUUGUGAUACAUGUAGCACCACCAUUUUGCUACCUGGUUAAAAUCACAUUGGUAUCAUUUCUACUUCAUAUAUAUUUUUAUUGUAAUUAAUAAGAUAAAUUUUGCAUUUUACAUACAGUAAACAUGUUUCUACUUUUUUGUUACACCAAGUACCGUUUACUGAUUUACUGAUUUAUAUUUUCCACAAUGCUUUGUAAAUAGUAGACACUAUCUUGUGUAUCAGUUGACGUUAUUUUUACAAAUUAAUUCGACAUUUGUGCCAUAACUGAAAUAUUGCUCGGUAGCUCUGUUGACAAAGCAUACAUCGGUGAACUCGUGCCCGAUGGUUACAAAAUGAAACAUGUCCCUCGUAGUGGUGGCCGCGGCGGGGGCGUAGCGAUCAUUCACAAGGUAGUCAUACAAAUGAACAUUGUCACAUCAAGCAAAGACAACGAUCUUUUCCAAUUUUUCCUUGUAUGAAUUGCAAUGUAGUUACAGGCGGAUACAGCCAGUGCUCAUGAAGUACAGAGUACUGAACACAAAACACAAUCUGUUUUAAACAUAUCUGUGAAAGUGGACGGCUCUGAAAUCAAUCAAUCAGUCACUGUCGGGAAGCUUGGUGCUUUCCUGGACUAGAACAUGGGGAUGGAGCAACAUGUGAAUAGCGUGUGCAGGAAUUCCUAUGCACAGUUGCGGCAAAUUAAGUCACAUCAGACAAUAUAUAACCGCAAACGCAACCAAAUCUCUAAUCAACUCUCUUGUUACAUCACGUUUGGAUUGUUGCGACUUUCCUCUAUAUGGGAUUUCUAAACAGUCAAUGAACAAACUGCAAUAUGUCCAAAACACGGCAGCUAGAAUCGUAACCAAAACAUCCAGAUACGAUCAUAUAACAUCUGUGCUGCGUGAACUCUAUAGCACAUUUUCAGAUUACAGGUAUAACUACGUCACACUCGAUGCGGUCAUCCCUAUUAUUAGUAACAAACACUCGUGGCAGAGAGAUUUUCGGACAGUAGAAUUCUAUAGCACAUAGAGUUAAUUAGUGUAAGGAUUGCAUUUGCACAUUCUUAUCUCACAGUAAAUGAUGUACCGGUACCUGGCCGUGUUGCAAAAUUUGUUUAUAUUUAAGGCACUAAAAUGCAUAUUAACUGAGAUGGUUGAAUAUUUGGUGCAUUUUAUCCACAUCUUUAAAUAUAAUCGUGAAUGGAAUAUACAUGUAAUAAUUGAUCAUGUAUACAUAUUUAUGAGACUUAUUUUUAGUAAAAAAAAUGCUUAAAAAUGUCUUAACAAUUGGCGAAAUAAGAACAUCUGCAUGAUUUAUAUAUAUACGAUAGUUUAAAUUAAAAAAAAUUAUGGGUUGUAAUUUUAUAGCCCAUUUUAAGCUACUUAAUUAAUGUACCUAGUAAAGGUGCUGGACAAACUUUUAAACUAUUAUUUUCCACGAUGUUAUUAGAUGAUAUUUGUUAAUUGUAUUUUGUAACAAUCUCUGCUUUUGUUUUAGACGGAAAAUUAAAUUUGAAUUUAGUAACUUUUACACAUAAAAAUUAUUUAUAUAAUCUUGAAUGAUAGUAAAAAAAUGCAGAAAAAUAUAAUGUUUUUAAUUUUUGUUGCAUAAUAAAUUUGUAACAUUUGUUCUGACAGAUUCUA